CCACAACCACAACAACCACGUUUGACCCGCACAGCACACUUGUUCUAAGCACCAAAACUUGACUGUUCUCCCCAAAAAGACAAAGAACGGUCUCGGAACGCUGCUAAAUUCUUGCACAUAAAUUGCCGUCAUUUUCCCACAACAAAGCAGAAAAUCAUUAACCGUCCUCAGAAUGUCUUACACACCAAGGUUUACAACUAUAGCGGGCAUGCCGUCCGUGGUCCUCAUGACCAACGAUGUCACGCCCGAAGACAUAGAGGACAUGGACUUCACGGUGUUCCGGAUCGACGAUGCCGCUUCCACGACCGACGAUGUCACUUCCACGACCGACGAUGCUGCUUCCACGACCCCCCAGGCACCCCCCACUGCCGAAGAGUCACCUAUCAAGGAGUUCCUCGUCCUCGAUAAAAAGGGCCAACUUCUGCUUGACGUGGUCGGCCCCGACCACAACGCACCCCACCGCAAACGGACGUACCGCUACAGGGUCUCUAUCGAUGUUAUGGAACGGGCCUCGCCGGUCUGGAAAGAAACAAUAUUCGGGCCUGAGGGCAAGGAGCGUCAGAGGCCCACCAAUAAGGAGGAGGACUGGAUCGUCCUACUGCCCGACGACGACGAGCCGCUACCUAUCCUCGUACAGCUGGCCCUCAUCUACGACCGGCCGGACAUGGUGCCGACAUGGUCAACUGAUGAUCCAGACAUCAACGGCAUCUGUACCCAGAUCUCCAAAUUCGUCGCCACGGCCGAUAGGUACGGCACUCUGCCCCUGCUGCAGCCCUUCGUUUCCGACUGGCUCGCACACGCCCGCCUGCGCUCGCGCAUCCGCGGUGGCCCCGAGGCCUUGAGCUCGGGCUUCCUAUACCAGCUGGAACUGGCCUGGCAGUUGGGCGCCGUAGGGGUGGUGGAGGACUAUGUUCGGAGGCUCAUCUUCGCCUCGGACUUGACGCCGGCGAGUCUGGCCGAUAUGGUCAGCGAAGUGAACUUGGCCUACGAUGCCGUUGGAAUCUUGACAUCGCUUCCGAAACUUCUCGACACAGUGGGCAAGCGCCAGCUAGAGCUGAUCCAGACCGCCCUCGACUUUUUCCAUCGGCUCGUAGCGGACAUCAGCUGCCAGAAGAUGUCUGACAUUCCGGGGCUCGAGUUCCUCGAACGGGCAAUGGGAUCCCCUUUUCCCCAUAACGCGGUGAACCGCGCCCUAUGCAAUGCCUUACUAGACAGCUACAUCAACAAGCGUCUGGAGGAGGGCGUCGUCGGGAAGAUCCCGGUAGAGGCCAAGGAUUGCCGUUCGAGCAUCCUCCUCUUGCUACAGACGAUGGGCCGUGUCUUGGGCAAGUCUUGCACCCCGGGGCCGAAGCAACCCGAUGGACAUACGUGCGUCCAGGACCUCUACAAGAAAUUCAACGGCUUUGUAGUAGAGUUGCUUGGCCGCUGGGAGGGGUCGGAAUCCGUUCUGGAGUCGGAACAGGUCGAGUGGCUCAAGAAGCGUGGCGAGAUCCUGGCGCGGGAGGGUUCCUCUGCUUGAGUGCCAGGGAUUCUGUGGUGGUCGCAGGGGAAACUGUAGGCGAAAGCGUGGCACUUGGGGGAUCAAUAAACAAGGUUCCCGGUCAACUGGAACCAAGUGGCGACCUAUAUGUAUCAUACCUACCUUGAGAAAUAGAGACGAGAUCUACCUACCCAAUUUCAUG